AUGACGACUGCAUCGAGCUUCGGAGAAACCUCGCAGAGCUCAACCUCUUGUGGCUCGACUCGGCUGACGACGCCUGAGUACUUCGAACUUGACAGUGCCAAUUCCGCCCAAUUCUUUGCGCGAUGGCGCCCGUCUUAUCAUAUUAUGCCUCAAGUGGGCUGGAUGAAUGAUCCUUGUGCGCCAGGUUACAAUCCCGCAACCGGCCUAUACCAUGUGUCCUUCCAAUGGAACCCCAAUGGCCCCGACUGGGGCGAUAUCUCUUGGGGAACUGCGACUUCUAGGGAUAUGGUCUCAUGGGAGAUCCAGGAUGAACCUAUUCUCUCUCCAGAUAGCUUCUACAAUGCCAAGGGUGUCUUUACUGGAUGUUUUGUCAAGGCCCAAGACGGUUCAUUGAACUACAUCUACACCUCUGUGAGCUCGCUUCCGAUUCAUCACACAAUCCCCCACGAGAAAGGAUGCGAGACAUUGAGUAUCGCUACCUCUUUCGACAACGGAAAAACAUGGCACAAGAGCAGCAGGAACCCUAUCUUGGCCGGAGAGCCCGAUGGCCUCGACGUCACAGGCUGGAGGGAUCCCUUUUGCGCUCCAUGGCCCAACAUGAGUCAAGCUCUGGAGCUAGAUCCCAAAGAGUAUAUGUUCGGCAUCAUCUCUGGAGGAAUCCGAGAGAAAUUCCCCACAAGCUUCGUCUAUAAAGUCGAUGCAAAGGACAUAUCUCGCUGGUCUUACAUUGGUCCUCUCACCAACUUUGGCCUGAACUACAGACCAUCGAGAUGGUCUGGCGACCUGGGCAAGAAUUGGGAGGUUACCAAUUUUUUGUCUCUGAGCGACGAGGAAGACCCUUCUGUCAGUCAUGACCUACUCAUCAUGGGAACUGAAGGCUGUCUUGAGGAUGACUCCACAAAGCAGAACUGCCCUAUGGGUCCAUCACGCCCAAGUCGUGGCCAGCUAUGGAUGUCCGGCAGUCUUCGAAAGAACGAAAAGUAUGGAGAUGUAAACAUGUCAUACGACUUCGGAGGCCACUUGGAUCAUGGCUGUUUGUAUGCUGCUAAUUCUUUCUUUGAUUCAAGGACUCAGAAACAUGUCGUCUGGGGAUGGAUCACCGAAGAAGAUCUAUGUGAUGAUCUCCGCCAUCGCCAAGGAUGGAGUGGAAUGCUCUCAAUGCCACGCCAGCUUUCAUUGCAGACUCUACACGGGGUGACGGGUGCCUUGGCCUCCGAAAUUUCGUCGGUCACAUCUGUCAAGCUCACGAGCGAAGAAAAGGGCACAUUCACAGUCCAAACACUAGCCAGCGAGCCGUACCUGCCUCUUGUUGAGAGUCUUCGUCGCAACCCGGGUGUCCAGCAAUUGAAUAUCGGGCAGUCAACUCUCGGUCUGCAGGAUAGGAUUGCUGAGAUUCCGUCGACUUCCAUGCAAAGCAAGCAGUGGGAGCUUGACUGUUCUUUCGAACUCUCGAAAUCGUGCUCGGCCGUUGGUGUCUCGAUCGGCCAUACAGAGGGCUUUGAAAAUUCCACUCGGCUGAUGUUCGAGCCUUUGAACGAGACAUUCAAGAUCAUUCGACCCUGCUUGUCGAGCCCCAGUGCAUGUGCUUUCAUCAAUAGCUCGCCCGAGAUCGCGCCCCACACACUAUUUCGAAAGCGAAACACAAUCACCAAGGAGGAAUACACUGAGCCUUUGAGAAUUCGUGCAUGGCGAGAUAACUCUGUCCUCGAGGUCUUUGUCAACGGUCGCACGGCGAUCUCCACUCGCCUUUAUGCAGCCGAGGAGACAUUUGGUAUGCGGUUCUUUGCUUUCGAUGAACCCUCCACGGACGCGACAAAAGCUUCUCAGUCCGACUGGACAGAAUUGCAAUAUGCGAAGCUAUGGGAAGGUAUUGGUUGCUAG